CGGCAAUGUAAUUAAAUCUUCGCAUGUUUUUACAGAAUAAGGAUCGUGGGAUAUUCGUGUUUCUGUGUGGGUGACACCUAAUAAAGAAAGAUCUUAGAAACUUGUAAAAUUUGUAAUAUGUGUCUGUGAGAUUCAACCAUUUUUUAUAGAUGAUGGAAAAUGACAGUGUAAAGUUAUCAUGUUAUGAAUUAAAUUAAGGAGGCUAAAAACAUGUUCCAGACAUGGUGUCAUCAACAAACAAGUUCCGUCAUGGUGAUCCGAAUACAUUUUUUCUCACAAUCUUUAUUUUGUUUGGUUUACGACAAUUGCCAACAUGAUGCGUAGCUUUGAUUUGUUUCAUUCAAGCGUUUUGGUUCUUACAUAGAUUUGAUUUGUAAAAUUAUUCACAUGAUAGUCAUUUACUUUUUCAUUCGAGGAAAUUCGAAACCAAAAUGCCGAAAACAACGUAUAGCCAAAUGGUCAAUAGUGAAAUUGAUGUUUGUGCCGAUUGUAGCCAAAUAAACCCCACUUGGGCUUCAAUCAAUCAUGGCACUUUUUUAUGUGAUCAAUGUGCCAUCAUACAUCGUAGUCUUGGUAGGAUUAUAUCACAAAUCAAGCCAUUGAAUUCAAACAAUUGGAAAUCAACUCAAUUACAGAUGGUAUUUGACUUGUAUCGUAGUGGUUCCAAUUCCAUUUGGGAACAUACGCUUUUGGAUCCACAUGUAUCAUCUGGUAAUCAUCAUCAAACAACUCACAAUAAAGCUCAUCUAAGAAAGAAACCACAACCUAAUGAUUUAUUGCAUCCAAAUAAAAGUGAUUUUAUUCGAGCUAAAUAUCAAUCAUUUGCCUUUGUGAACAAAUCUCAUGGUAUCAAAGAUGAUGUUGAAUCCGAAGCUGAUAUUAGUGAACAAUUGCAUUCGAGUGUACGGACACCGAAUCUUAAAACAAGCCUAAGGCUUUUGAUUGCUGGCGCUAAUCCGAAUUACAUACAUUCAGAGAAAUUUAAUUCUCCACUUCAUAUGGCCGCAAGAUCGGGCCAAAUGUCUCAGAUAGAAUUAUUGCUUGCUUAUGGUGCCAAUUCAAUCAUUGUUGAUUCACGAAACAAAUCGGCGAUCGAUUAUGCACGUGAUGCUGGCCAUCAUGACAUUUUUCAUCGAUUAAUUGAACAUCAGUUUGAUUUGACGGAUACAUUGACUCGUUUUAUUUGUCAAGGUCGUCAACCUAAUCAUCGAAAUGGUGAACAUUUUCUCUUCGUAGAUGUAAAGUCGGAAUUGAUCAAUUAUUUUGACAACACUAUCGAUGUUAGCAACGAUAGUAAUCAACUACGAAAUUCAACUGAAAUGUUUCGCAAUGAACUACAUCAAAGCUUGCAAUCAUUAGGGCAUAAGUUAUUUCAAGAAUUAACACGUGAUGUCUACGAUGAGCUUGAUCGACGUGAAAUAAAUGCCUUUGUUACUGCAGCUUAUUCCAAUGAAAAUGGAAAAUUAUCUAUUCUACAUCAACAAUUGAUUAUACCAUUUUUGCCUGUUUAUCAGUAUUUUUCCACCACUCGAAAUCAAGGCAGACAAAAAUUGGCCCUACUCAAUACAAAAGAAUUGACAUUGUUGAUUGUCGAUGUUUUGAAUGAAGUACGUCGCCGUGUUUACAAUAUACAAUAUGCAUCAGGAAGUUUGAAUAAUAAUAGAAAUACGGAUAAAGAUGAUCGUAACCGUAAUCAUGAAAUUGAAAACAAUGAUUCAGAACCUCUUUAUGAUUCCGUACCAUCAGAAGAGGAUUAUGAUGAUCUUAAUUUUGAUAGUGAAUUGAACACCAUUGUCAAAAAUCGAAACAUACAGAAUCUAAAUAGUAUACCGGUAAAAUCUUCGGAUAUAGCCAUGAAACAAGAUGUUUCCAAUCCUAUAUCAACCAAGGAGUAUAAUGCCCUGAAAGAACAGGUUGUAAAAUCUUCAGAAUUGAUUGAAGCCUUUCUCAACGAGAAUAAAACAAUGCGAAUGGAACUUAAUCAUUUACAAAUAAAAUUGGAUAAAUUAACAGUUGAAAAUGUUCAGCUUAGACAAUUUAUACUUACACCAUCAUCAUCAUCUGCUAAUCCUUCAAUGAAGUCAUCAAUGAUCAUGAAUGAACCAAAAAGUACAUCAAUGUUGAUUGAAAGCACUGAAGAUUUAUUAAACAGUCAUAAUAAUAUUGUAUCCUAUCUACAUAAUCAGCAAACAACGAAUCGUGUUAGGCCCCAAUCAAUGUCAACAAUUACCAAUGAUUUUUCUUCACAAUCGAUGGCAAUGAUGACAAUGUUGAAUAAAUCACCUGCAUCAUUAAAUCAUGCAUCACCUUCGAGUUUAUCAGUAUCGCCAUCAAAUUCUAUGGCCAAUUAUAAUAAUCCUAAUAAUCAACGAAAUUUAUCACCUCAUAAUUAUAAUAUGGCAUUCAGCAGUAAUAAUAAUAGCAAUGAUCCUACCGAUCAUCGUCUUCAUCAUUCAUCAUUUAUAGAUUCAUCAUCAUCAUUAUCUAGUCAGUUACAACAAACAUCGAAUAAUAGAUCAUCAUCAUCUCCUCAUUCUCAUCAACACCAACCAACCCCACCCAAACAACAUCAGCCUGCGUCGCAGACAAAUCAAACAAAUUUGAAUGAACAGCGACCAUAUUCAAUUACGGCCGGAACCAUUUUGGCUAAUUCAAGUCUUUCGAAACCAAGUGCCUCAAAAACUACUUUGCCUACUAAAGAUGAGGUUAUUAGGAAAAUUGAAUUUAUAACAAAUGGAAUCAAAGAAUUGCUUAUUAAAGCGAAAGAAGAAAAACAUAAUGAAUUUCAUCAUUGUUCGGAACGAAUAUGUAAUUAUGUAUCAGAUAUGAUCAACUUAUUCCCAGAGUCGAUAGAGUCCUCUAAUAUGGAUAAUCUAUUACAAUUGAAUCAGGCAUUCAUCGUAUUACAAGGCAAUGUGAUUCAUUUGAAUGAAUUGUGUCAUUCAUAUGAAAAUCGUCCUCCACCACGUUAUCAACAUAGCAAUUCAACUCCUAAUCACAAAGAAAAUAAUCGAUAUAAUUACAAUAAAGUUAUCGAUAAGGCAGCCGAAGUGGCAUCAUCGGUGAAAUCGAUCAUUAACCUGUAUAACAUACAGACGGCGACGACAGCCACAGCCACCAAUAUUCAAUAAUUCAACAUUUUAAAUGAUGGCUGAACUUUAUAUUUACAAUUUAAAACAUUUGUUAUUGAAUCUUUUUCAUUUGAUUUUAAAAACACUGAAUUAUUCACUCCAAUUAAUUCAUCAUUUUUUAUUUUCUUCGAGAAAAUAUAAUUAUUUUGAUCACUUUUUUCAAAAAUAAAAAUCUGUA